AUGAGCAAGUGCCAAGAGGAUCCCUGCGCAGACUGCCAGUGGACAGAUUGGGAAGAAUGGUCUCCCUGCUCUGUCUCCUGUGCGGGUGGUAGCCGCAGUCGUGGCCGCGCAGUGAAAGUCCAGGCAGAAGGCGACGGUCAAGAAUGCAUAGGCAACUCGAGCCAGACCCAGGCUUGCGGCGAAGCCGCCUGCCCGGUGGACUGCCAGGUUAGCGACUGGAGCAGCUGGUCUGUUUGUGCGCCUUACUGCCACGGCACGCAGAACCGCAGCCGUACCAUCGAGCAGCCUGCGGCCUUCGGCGGCGAGGCCUGUGGGCCUCUGUCGGAAGUUAAGGCGUGCGCAAACUUCUGCAUGGACUGCCAGCUGUCAGAGUGGAAUCCCUGGAGCUCCUGCACUCGGAGCUGUGCUAGCGGGUUGCGGACGCGGACGCGGAAUGAAGUGUACGUGGCCCGGGAGUAUACAUCAAGCUCCCUUCUUGAGCUAGGCAGCAAAGCUCUUGGCUACGAGAAAAAGCUGGGGACGAGGUGCGAUGCAAGUCACCAGCGAACGCUGGAUGGAGCAGGAAAAACGCCUCAAGAGGCGCAGGCUGCAUGCAAUUUGGAUCCAAACUGCGGCGCCCUCUAUGACCAGGGCUGCAAUAAUUGGUUGACCAUUUGUGACGUUGGCUUUGUCUUGGAAGCUGAAGAAAAUGCCUGCUCCUACGUGAAGAAGGAGAUUGGUGCGGAUGUGCCCUGCACUGGCGAGAUUAGUGAAGAGGAGGAGUGUAGUACACAAGCCUGUCCCGUUGACUGCCGCCAAUCAGACUGGACGGACUGGACAGAGUGUUCGCCGUGGUGUUCGGGAACCUCGAACAGGACACGGACCACGACUCGCCAGCCUGCCAACGGGGGCGUUGCUUGUGGCACUGUAGCAGAGGUGCAGAACUGCACCAAUGAAUGCGUGGAUUGCGUUUGGGGAAAUUGGGUUGCGUGGUCCACCUGCCCCGUGAGCUGCGGGGGCGCCAAGCAGCAGCGCAGCCGCAUCGUGCUGGUGGAGCAGAGCGGCCGCGGCAAGCCUUGCACAGGCAAUUCUUCAGAGGUGCGUGCCUGCGGUGAGCUGGCCUGUCCAGUAGACUGCAAGAUGGAGGAGUGGACAGACUGGACGGAAUGCACUCCUUACUGUGCAGGGAGCCAAUCCAGAACACGCAGCAUUCUGGUGGAGCCUCAAAACGGCGGUCAAACCUGUGGCGAGACGUCGCUGCUGGUGAACUGCAGCAAUGCUUGUGUUGACUGCGCAGUGUCUUCCUGGUCAGUUUGGUCUCCUUGUUCCGUAACCUGCGGCAGUGGCCAGCAGUCCAGGAAGAGGGUGAUCUUGGUCGAAGCCGAAGGUCAGGGUGCCCCGUGCCCUGAAUCUUUGUUGGACGAGAAAGAGGGCUGCAAUGCAACCGAAUGUCCCGUUGAUUGUGCCUGGGAAGAUUGGGCCCCGUGGAACGGCUGCCCGGCGACCUGUGGAGGAGCCAUGAAGAAUCGCACCCGAGGCAAGAUGGCAGAGCAGAAGUUCGGCGGUGUUCCCUGCGAAGGAGAGGCCAUGGAGCUUGGAUCCUGCGCAGAGAUGGUGUGCCCGCAGGACUGCCUCUGGUCAGAGUGGGAAGCCUGGGGCAACUGCACGAGGCAGUGCGGCGGUGGCAAACAGUCGCGCUACAGGUACAUCAAACAGGAUGCGAUGGGAGAGGGCAUCAAUUGCACCGGCACAGCCCGCGAUGACCGCACCUGCAACGAGGACGCGUGCCCCAAGGACUGUGAGUUUCUGGAGUGGGCCGACUGGAGCGCCUGCUCUGUUACCUGCGGGGCUGGAGGCAACAAGACAAGGUCCAGGAAAGUCGAUGCAGAGCUGAACGGCGGCGAGCCGUGUGACCCUGCAGUUCCGCUACAGGAAGCCGUCGAAUGCGGCACGCCCGGAUGCCCGCGGGAUUGCAUCUGGCAUGAUUGGGGCACCUGGACCAACUGCAGCAAGACCUGUGGCCUGGGGUUCAACGCGGGAACUACCACCCGACACCGGGUGCAAAGCGUCACCGCCGCGUUUGGCGGAAAGGCCUGCGAGGGCAAGGCAGUUCACACUACCCGCUGCAACGAGGUCCUUUGCCCAGUGAACUGCGAGUGGCUGCCUUGGACAGGAUGGACCGAGUGCAUUCAGCCAUGUGGGCGCAAUGGAACACGAGAAAGGUCUCGCAACAAGACUGCUCCAGCCCAUGGUGGGGAGGAUUGCGUGGGUGACUCCACGGAGAUAUCCUCUUGCAGUGUGCUGGGCGGCUGCUCCGUCAACUGCACGUGGGAGGACUGGAACGAGUGGACUGCCUGCUCAGCGUCCUGCGGAGAGGGUAACAGAGUAAGGUUUCGCUUCGUGGCCGACGAGGCAAGAGGGCCGAAUGGCAAAGCGUGCAAGGGUCAGCCUCAGGAGGAGGAGUUCUGCAAUCCUGAUGUUGCCUGCCCAGUCGACUGCAUCUUCAAUGACUGGAAGGACUGGGGUGCUUGUGAGCCCAUGCCGUGUGGCCCUGCCAAGAAGCUGCGCGCCAGGACAAAGCUGGCAGCCAGAUAUGGCGGCAGGCCCUGCGAAGGCAACUCCACUGAGGUCGAGGAGUGCACAAUUGAAGGAGGGCGAGUCAUCGAGUGCGACGACAACGGCAAGCCAAUUACAACAACUUUGACGACGACUACUCUUACAAGCACAACCACAACAACGACGCUGACCAACACAACGACCACGGUCACUGAUACAAGUACAACCACCCUGACCACGACAAAUACCACGACGACUCGCACUGGCUUGGAAGCGGUCGCGGUGGCCACUGCAGCUGCGUCGGAGGAGUCGGUCCGUGGCAGCGAAGUACUCGAAGUCGCGAGCCCGGAGAAGUUUGUCUUGGAUGCAGCUGCAAAAAAGGCCGUGAAGGAGGCCAUCGCCCAGGAGGUGGGUGUAUCCGUUGAUGCAAUCAUCAUCAAGGACCUGGCUAUCCAGCCUCAGGCACCCGCAGUCCUGCUUCAGACGCACGGCAGCAAAGCUCGCCGAAGAGAGACUCCAACCGGUCGAGUAAACAUCACCUACGAGAUAGUGCCACAGAUGAGUGGCAAGACAGUGGACGAGGUCAUGGAUGCCAUGGAUCAUCUGGCUCCACAGGAGGCCGCCGACAUGCAUGACAAGAUGUUCCUGAAGAACAAUGUGCAGACGUACAACCCAAAGGUAGAGGACACGAAGACGGUUGUGGUGUCAAAGUCCACCGGCAACACUGUGCGCGAGGCUGAGCCUAUGCACGGGGGCGCCUGCUCCAUGACCGGGGUCGGGGCCGCAGCCACGUGA